CCGACCAAUGGCCGUCUGGCGGUGGGCGGGACCUCUGAACGUACAGGAGAGGAGACAGCAGGCGUUAGAGUGUAGUAUUCACCUCAGGAAACGUUAGUGCGAUUAAUAAACUUUCAAGUAUGGCGCUUUCACAGUGUCUUGAAGAUUCGCCGGGCUGGCGGACACCGAGGACAGGCCAGGACCUAAACUUGAAAGAGCUUUACAAUGAGAGACACCGCCUCGCUCUGGAGGAGCUGGUCGCCGGCGGAGUCGAAGCCUUCACGGGAUUCCUGCAGAGAGAGAGGGUCCCUAACUUUCUCUCCGACGACGAGAUCAGGCGCAUCUCCCGCGCGGCUGUAGUGCGCAAAUCACUCUCUUUGAACGGAGACGAUUCUCAUUUGGACCAGUCUGGCACACUGGACUGCUCAUCUGUCACUUAUUUCCCCGAAGUCUCUGAUAUUGAGCCUCCAGUUUUAGAGCUGGGCUGGCCAGCGUUCACCGCGGGGUCUUUCCGUGGAGUAACACGUGCCGUCGCCUACUUCCAGCCGAGUUACGGAGAGUGCAUUUAUAGUUGCAAAGAAGCAGCCAGGAGGAUGAUAAAAAAUGCAAAAGAGGUGAUUGCCAUUGUGACAGACUCCUUGACAGACCUGGAUAUCUUCCAAGACCUGCAGGAAGCUUGCACACGCCGCAGAGUUCCUGUGUAUAUUCUUUUAGACCAGUCUUCUGUUCCCUCAUUCUUACAGAUGUGUAAAAACCUUCAUGUACUGCUGGAUGAACUGCUGCAAAUGAAAGUACGAAGCAUAACAGGUUCUACCUACUACAUGAGAUCAGGUGCUCAGAUCACUGGAAAGGUUCAUGAGCGUUUCAUGCUGAUUGAUGGAAACAGAGUGGCCACAGGUUCAUAUAGGUUUAACUGGACAGACGGCAAACUAAACAGCAGCAACCUUAUCGAGUUAUCUGGCCAGAUAACCGAGAAAUAUGAUGAAGAGUUCCGCAUCCUCUAUGCCCAGUCAUUGUGA